AUGGGCCAACCCUCCGCCGCGGCGUCCAACGCCAUCAUAUAUGUGACCUAUGGCCUCUUCCUCAUUCUGGGAACCGGCAUUGCCUGGAAGAUGUCCAAGUCCAAGGGCACCUUCCUUGCCGGAAAUGGAACUCAAAAGGCUCUUCCACUGGCCUUCAACUUUGUGGCUGCUGACCAAAGUGUUGGCGUUCUUGGAUCCGCCAUUCUGUUUUCCUAUCCUGAACUCGCCACCAUCGCUGGCGUUCAAGGACUUGUCAUCUACGCCCUCUCGUCAUCGUUGCCUUUGUUUGCCUUUGCUUACCUUGGCCCCCUUAUUCGCAAGCGAUGCCCUGAAGGGUUCGUUCUGACCGAAUGGACGAGGCAGCGCUACGGUAUUCCCUGUGCCCUGUUCUUGAGCUUCAUGACCCUGGUCACGCUUUUCCUGUACAUGGUUGCGGAGCUGUCUGCUAUCGGCCAGGUAGUCGGCGCUCUGACAGGAUUAGAUGGCCUCCCGGUCAUGAUUGUACAGUGUGCUAUCACAACCAUCUAUACCUCCUUGGGUGGGUUCAAAAUCUCGUUCCUGACCGAUGUCGUCCAAGGAGUCAUGGUCGUCUGCUUGAUCUUCAUCGCUACGAUUACCAUUGGCGUUAAAACCGAGAUCGAUACCUCGCUUAUCAAGCCGUCUGGCCUUCUCGAGCCUUCCACGUUGGGCUGGCAGCUCUUGUAUAUCUUACCCAUCUGCAUCUUGACCAACGACUUCUUUCUCUCGACGCUAUGGCUGCGAACUUUUGCCUCGCGAACUGACAAGGACCUUUGGAUCGGUGUGACGGUUGCUGUCGUCAUCAUCUGCAUCAUCCUGACUCUGGUUGGAUGCACUGGGCUCAUAGCCACAUGGUCGGGUGCCUUCUCCGGGGACCCAGAAGACCCCAACCGAUCCAUCUCCUUCUUCCUCUUGUUGAACCAGCUUCCCGCCUGGGUCGUCGGCAUUGUGCUCGUCAUGGUCGUUUCCCUGUCUACCGCUGCUUUUGACAGCAUCCAAUCUGCCAUGGUCUCUACCGCAUCUAACGAUCUCUUCCGAAACCGUCUCAACAUCUGGUAUAUUCGGGCUAUGGUGGUCCUUAUCAUGAUCCCCACCAUCGUUAUUGCCUUGAAAGCCCCAUCGAUUCUCCAGAUCUAUCUCAUUUCCGAUCUCGUCUCGGCCGCAGUCAUCCCCGUCCUAGUCUUGGGCCUUUCCGACAGGUUCUUUUACUGGUGGCGUGGAUUCGAGGUUGUCGUCGGUGGCUUGGGUGGCAUCUUUACCGUCUUCCUCUUCGGCACCGUUUACUACGGUAAUGCCAAGGAAGGUGGCCGUCUCAUUCUCAUUGAGCAGGGCCUAACCAGUGGCGAUUGGGCCGUCUUUGGCGCGUUCGUUGCCGCCCCCGUCGGCGGCAUGCUCUGGGCGUUUGCGGCUUCCUUUUUGCGAAUUGGUGUCCAGUGGAUUCUGGCCAAGAAGCGGGGAACUCGAUUCGAUGCUCUGGAUAAGCCCGUUCCCGCUGCCGAGAGCGCGCCGGUGAGCGACUCUGACCCGGAAAGCGAUGAGGCGCUUGUCUCGAAGAAGACUGGCAAGUUCUUUUAA